CGUCAUAGCGUCAAUACACAUUCAAUACACAACACUUAAUCGAUACCAAUGAUAACAAAAAAGUACAUGAGAGAAAAUUACCUGUGUGGAAUAUAUACCUAGAGACUAAUGUAUACCAAGAGACACUUGUGACGAAGAGUUCGUGGAUCGAGGAUACCAACAGCUGGUUAUGAUGCAGAAAUAAAUACUUGGAGUUCUGAAGUAUGGCUGUAACAGGGGAUGCAACUGUCUUGGUCUCAGGGGAGACAACCUUGAUGGACUCGGAGGACACAAUUCCAAAGAUAGCCACUUAUGUCUUCUUUGAUCUUGAAAGCACGGAUCUCCUGCAUGCGAGGACCCGGAUCACAGAGUUGUGCCUGUUUGCUGUGAACAGAUUUGACAUGCAGGCAGCAGGGAUGUUCCCAAGAGUGACAAACAAACUGACCCUCUGUUUUGACCCUUUGAAGCCUAUCUCGGCCUCAUCUAGUUCCAUCACAGGUCUCUACAAUGACUCCCUGGAAAGUCAGAAACCCUUCACAGCUAGCACAGUUCAGCUGCUACAGAACUUCCUGGGGCAUCUGCAGCCACCAGUCUGUCUCCUGGCUCACUAUGGCAACGGGUUCGACUUCCCGUUGCUCAAACAAGAGCUACAGCGCAUCAACCAGUCUUUGGACAGCUCCAUAUUGUGUGCAGACACCCUGGAGGCUUUCCGCUCUCUCGAUGGAGUGGAGCCUGGCCACGAGUUGCCGCUGUGCCUGUGUGCCAUGUGUUCAGAGUUACGUGAUUCCCACAACUAUACUCCAGUCAGAACCCAUACAAUUCCUCCUACCCCUCAAACUCCCAUAAAGAGAAAACUUGACAAAGAAUCAGAUGACACAAUGAAUCUUAAGAAACUUCACCAGCAUAAUGAGGAGACUAAUGGUUGUGGAAUAGUAAGACAAGGUGCUGCUGUUAAAAAGCGCCUGGAUUUUCAGGCCAGUGAGUCACACAAUGAUAUCCACCAUAAAACAUCAAACAAUACGGAAAGUGAUACAACUAAUACUGGGGCAUGUUCUGUAAAAAAACGUCUGUUUGUUGACUCACCCCAAGCAGUUUGUAUUGAGAAUUUAGAAGAGCAAGAUGAAGAUGUAAACUCAGAAUUCUCAGCCAGUCAAGACCUAGUGUGCUUAGAAGCCCUUGAGGAAAUAGAAAACACACUCACUGGAGACAUUGAAGAUAUCAGUGAGUCAAAGGACCCCAUGAUAUCAGAGGACCAAGUGAGCAAAAGCAGUGACUAUAUAAAUCAUAAGGACCAAAAUAGCAAAAGUACAGACUCUGCACAACAAGCAAACAAUAGAGAUAUAAUGGAGUCCAAAUCUUCAGUAAUUCCUAAUGACCCAGUUAGCAGCAGUACUGGUUAUUUAAUGAAGUCUAAGGGUGAAGUACUUGAUUCUACUGGUACGAAGAGUACAUCUGUGGACAAACGCUCGCCUGUCAAAUCGUGCCAUCCCCUUGACACUAUAUUCACGUCACCAAGAGUGUUCAAUGCACCAGCAGCAAGCACGGGACAAAAGCUUACGGAAACUGAUCUCAAACAGUCAACUGAUAUAAAAUUGUCAACAGAUGUGAGAAGCAAAUGCUUAACACCCAUUGAACAGAAUAUCAGCAGUUCAAAUUUGGCGGAUGACAAAAGCAGCUUUUGUAAAAGCAGUAUUUCUAGUGCAAGUGAUUCAACUUUACAAACAGUUAAUGGGUCCCAUGCAGAUAUAAACAACUCAUGUGCAAGUAUUUCUGCAGAACUUGUCACCUGUGACAGUCAUAUGAUGAAUGUAGAUAAUACGUCACCAAAGACCUCCUGUAAUUCCAAUCCAUUACUUAGUGCUUGUGGAGAGAGUGGGGCUAAGAACAACUCUUCUCCGGCUAACAACAACUCUUCUCCAGCAAACAACAACUCUUCUCCGGCUAACAACAACUCUACUCCAGCUAACAACAACUCUUCUAGGGCUAACAGCUACUCUGUACCAAAGCGGCACUCCUACAAACUGGAGGAAAUACACAAGCGUGUGCUGGGUGAGAAGCCAACGAGGUCUCAUUACGCGGAAGAUGACUGUGUUGCUAUGGUGAAGAUUGCUAAAUGUACACGCGGCUUUAUGGAAUGGGUGGACAGACAUGCUAGACCCCUGUCUUCCAUAUGAAAUGACUUUGUUGGGUAGAUGUGUGUACAAGAAUGUAUGCCUACGCAUGGAAACUGUCAUCCAUAGGAAAUGUUUCAGUCUAUAUUAGGUACAUGUAGUUGUGUUGUACAAGACAGUAUGCCUAUAGAUCAAAACUGCAUGUAUCGUCCAUAUGAAAUGACCAUACAUGUACAUGUAUUAGAAGUUGUGAUGUACAAGACUGAAUAACUCUGCACUACCACAUCUGCGUAUUGUUGUUAGGCAUUUGGUGUGGUAGGAUUGCUUUAUCUUUUAGAUGUCUAUAUACAUAUGUUACUUGUUAAUUGUUAGGAGCAUAUUAGUGAUACUGCCUUUUUUUUGUUUCUGAGUUUUUAACAAUUAAUGAUAUCUUUUUACAAUAUUUGUUAGUGAUACAUAUUUUAAUAUAUGACAUACAUCUACAUGUAAUUAAAUUUUGAUUUUAAAUUUCACCAGAAUGUUUUGUAUAUAAUUUAUAAAAUUAUUUAAAACAAAAACACAUAGAUUAUUUUUUUCCUUUAAAUCUACUAAGAGCAUGGAUUAAUUGGAAUUGUAUUGAAUGAACUUCAAAUCAUUUGUUUUAUGUUCUGAAUGUUCAAUGCACCUUAUACAUGCAUUGCACAUUUAUCCAAAUGAUAAAUUAAUUACACAAGGUUUGAGAGGGUUUUUAUUGAUUUAAAUAGUGGAUUGCUCUUUUAUUCAGCCUUUAGAAAAUAUGUUGUUGAAGUAUUUUUGUAAUAUAUUAUGUGUAUUUAAUGUAUGUUUUAUCUUAUAUUUUGAUAAAGUUUCAUAAUUGUUUUGCAUGCUUGUUGUAAUAUAACCUAGAUUAGAGAAUAAAGUUGUUAUACA